AUGCGUCACCAAGACAAACAUGAAGACGAGGAGCUGCUUCAGGUUACCAAGGGUUUCAUUCUUGUGGUUCAGGCGGUCGAUACUCCAAGUGUCUUCGAGCCUGAGUCUGCAAUGAGCACUUCAGGCACGCAACUGGGUAAAGCUCAGAUGCAGAGGAUGGAAAAGGGACACAACCAACUGAAAGCAGAGGAGGAGAAGAGGGGGGGGUUCUGA